AGUUUUGUUUUUAUCAAAGCUUUGCUAAGAUGUGUUCAUCUUUCCAGAAAAGUCUUAUCACCUAAGAUACUACCACCAUUUCUAAUGACCUCCACAAUCCAACCUCAAGGUUAUAUGUUCUUAAAACUUCCGUAUGUCUUGCGUAUUCAGCUCACCAUGUAUUGGGUCACCUGUUAGCUGUAAUUUAGCAUCGCUUUGUGUAGAUGUAGGCAUUUCAUGGAUGUUUUAAACAUUAUACCUGUGUGUGGGUGUUGGGGAGGAUAUGGCUCAAUCCAUACAUCGUGGAAAAAAGAAUCAUACAGGUGCGAACGACCGGUCCUCCAAACGCAAGGGGUCGCUGUGACACCUUUCGGCCGCUCCAGGUCACUCUCGCGUGGCUGCCCCGCCUUGGGCCCCCGGGCAGAGUGGGCGGGCACGACUGCGCCCAGGUCGCGAGGCGCCCUUCGACCAGCAGCGCCCGGGGCGGGAGGGUAUAAAUGGAGCGGUGGCUGCUUCAGCCGCCUCUCUCCGCCCCGGGUCGCAGUCGCUAGUGCUGCGUUUGGGCUCAGCAAGCCUAAAGCAAAAAAGAGAAAAAGCUUAAAAAAAAUUUAAAAAAGCCUCAAAAAACCCUAAAAAAAAGAAAAGAAGAAAAGAAGAGAAAAAAAAAGAAAAAGGAAGGAAAAGAAGAAAAAGAACGAGACCGCGACUUGUGCUGGGAGCCCGCGGGGAAGUGACUUUCACAGCUUCCGGCCUGCCUGUCCGUCGGCGUCUGUCUGUCCGUCCCGUGGUGAGCCGUCCCCCAGGCCCGGCCCGCCCCCGCACGCCUCCGCGCCGCGUGGCAGCCCCGCGCCCCGGCUGGCCGCACCACGUGUCCGCGCUGCCCUUCGCCGGCACCCGCAAAGAUUUGGUUUCCCCCUUCCCGGGCCGCUGUAAUUGUAAACCGCCGGGAGCCCGGGGCCUAUAUUUAUCGCGAAACGCGUGUCCCCAAGGCCGCUGUGAGCGCAGCAUCUGGCUGCCUCUAGAAAAAAUUUUUGCCCCCUCUGCAAGGGGAUUCCCUACUUCAAUUUUUAUCUUUUAAGCUCCAAGCCAGGACAGCUGGAGAGUACAAACUCCAGGAGAGGGCCAUAUUGUUUUUGAGAGCCUUUUGUCUUGGGGCUUUUGCGGUCCGGUGUAAGUCGUCCCGCACUCCGGUCCCGCCUCGGAGCCUCCCUGCUCCAGCCUCUCCCAGCGUCGCUGGUGCCACCUGUGCGCUGCGGCGCGUGCCACAGCUCUUCGGAGCCCCUUUUGUCCUGCAGUAGGCCCUGCAAGAAGUCCUGGCGGGGCUCGGGGUAGUAGGGGGUGGGGAGAUGAACGCUGCGGCCAGCAGCUACCCCAUGGCCUCCUUAUACGUGGGCGAUCUGCACUCCGAUGUCACCGAAGCCAUGCUGUAUGAAAAGUUCAGCCCUGCGGGGCCUGUGCUGUCCAUCCGGGUCUGCCGCGAUAUGAUCACCCGCCGCUCUCUGGGUUAUGCCUACGUCAACUUCCAGCAGCCAGCUGACGCUGAGAGGGCCUUGGACACCAUGAACUUUGAUGUGAUUAAGGGGAAGCCAAUCCGGAUCAUGUGGUCUCAGAGGGACCCCUCUUUGAGGAAGUCUGGUGUGGGAAAUGUCUUCAUCAAGAACCUGGACAAGUCUAUAGACAACAAGGCACUGUAUGACACUUUCUCUGCCUUCGGAAACAUCCUGUCCUGUAAGGUGGUCUGUGAUGAGAACGGCUCUAAGGGUUAUGCCUUUGUCCACUUCGAGACCCAAGAGGCUGCCAACAAGGCCAUCGAGAAGAUGAAUGGCAUGCUCCUCAAUGACCGCAAAGUGUUCGUGGGCAGAUUCAAGUCUCGCAAAGAGCGGGAAGCCGAGCUUGGAGCCAAGGCCAAGGAAUUCACCAAUGUUUAUAUCAAAAACUUUGGAGAAGAGGUGGAUGAUGAGAAUCUGAGGGAGCUAUUCAGCCAGUUUGGUAAGACCUUAAGUGUCAAGGUGAUGAGAGACUGCAGUGGGAAGUCCAAAGGCUUCGGCUUCGUGAGCUAUGAGAAACAUGAGGAUGCCAAUAAGGCUGUGGAAGAAAUGAAUGGAAAAGAAAUGAGUGGGAAAUCCAUAUUUGUAGGCCGUGCUCAGAAAAAAGUAGAACGUCAGGCGGAGUUAAAACGGAAAUUCGAACAGCUGAAGCAGGAGAGGAUUAGUCGGUACCAGGGAGUGAAUCUCUACAUUAAGAACUUGGAUGACACCAUUGACGAUGAGAAGUUAAGGAAAGAGUUCUCACCCUUUGGAUCAAUCACCAGUGCGAAGGUGAUGCUGGAAGACGGGAGAAGCAAAGGGUUUGGCUUUGUCUGUUUCUCCUCUCCUGAAGAGGCAACCAAAGCGGUCACGGAGAUGAACGGACGCAUUGUGGGCUCCAAGCCUCUGUACGUCGCCCUGGCCCAGAGGAAGGAGGAGCGGAAGGCUCACCUGACUAACCAGUAUAUGCAGCGUGUGGCAGGAAUGAGAGCGCUCCCUGCCAACGCCAUCUUAAAUCAGUUCCAGCCUGCAGCUGGUGGCUACUUUGUGCCGGCAGUGCCACAGGCCCAGGGAAGACCUCCAUAUUACACACCUAAUCAAUUAGCGCAAAUGAGGCCUAAUCCACGCUGGCAGCAAGGCGGGAGACCUCAAGGCUUCCAAGGAAUGCCAAGUGCCCUGCGGCAAUCUGGGCCUCGUCCAGCUCUUCGGCAUCUGGCUCCAACUGGUAAUGCUCCGGCCUCUCGUGGCCUUCCUACUACCGCUCAGAGAGUCGGGUCUGAGUGCCCGGACCGCUUGGCUAUGGACUUUGGUGGGGCUGGUGCCGCCCAGCAAGGGCUGACUGACAGCUGCCAGUCUGGAGGCGUCCCUACGGCUGUGCCAAACCUUGCACCUCGUGCUACAGUCGCUGCUGCUGCUCCCAGGGCUGUGGCUCCAUACAAGUAUGCCUCCAAUGUCCGCAGCCCUCACCCUGCCAUUCAGCCGCUGCAGGCCCCCCAGCCUGCAGUCCAUGUCCAGGGUCAAGAACCCCUGACUGCCUCCAUGCUGGCUGCAGCUCCUCCCCAGGAGCAGAAGCAGAUGCUGGGGGAGCGUUUGUUCCCACUUAUCCAAACAAUGCAUUCAAACCUGGCUGGAAAAAUUACAGGGAUGCUGCUAGAAAUCGACAACUCUGAGCUGCUCCACAUGCUGGAGUCCCCCGAGUCCCUCCGUUCCAAGGUGGAUGAAGCUGUGGCAGUCCUGCAGGCUCAUCAUGCCAAGAAAGAAGCUGCCCAGAAGGAGUCAAAAGCCAAAUAACCCCUCACGGCAUUCAGCUGAGGUCUGAAGACUUCCUAGUUUGUCUGUGGACCUCUUUCAAGAACCAAGUUACAAAUUCAACAGGUCAUUUUGUAUCAAAAGGUCAAUUAUGAAGCACCUAGAAUUUUUCAAUUAUAAGAAUAUAUUCUCUGGGUUCUGUUGUGGCCCAGAUGAUGGUAACUUUUUUUUCUAUUAUGAGUUCUGUUUUUUUUCCCCUCUCCCAGAAAUUGGUUUUGAUGUACCCAAGACUUAAGUUUCUCAAUAAAGGAAAUAAAAUCUCCAA